CUCUGCUCUUGAACGCAACCCGGUUUGCCCCGGAAGUGUUUUCGCAAUCUGUGUUAUUGUUGUGAAUGAAGCGAGCAUGGACUCCUGUGUGCAAAACAAAAACACAAGAAUAGGUUAAGUUCACUGUAUCCAUGAUGAACUUUGACGGUCUCGACGCCGGGAUGGGUGAGUACCCAGCCGGCCUUCACGGGUCUCUGGACGCGGGGAUGGAGCCCUCCAUGGACCCGCACCUGAACCCCAACUUACUGCAGGGUGUGGAGCUCGAUCCGGAGGGGCUGGCCGUGACGGGCCCCGAGUCUGUGCACCUCAUGGAGGGGAUGUUUUCUGAGCUGCACAGCGCAGUUUCUGAAGUGGGCAUCCCAGUCACCGCCACACAUUUUGACCUCCAGGAGGAAAUGCUCUGGAUGGGUAACCACAGAGGUCACGUCACCUCGUUCUUCGGACCGACAAUGGGCCGCCAUUCUUCUUUUCAAGCGCACGGAUCCGACGACAUCCGACACAUUCAGAGUUUGGAAACAGGCGUCCUCUUCCUUUCCAAGUCUAACCUCAAGUGUCACACUCGUGGGGGCCUUUUUAUGUUCGAUUACCCGAUGGAGGAAGGCGCUGACAUGCACAGUCUCCUCAUGACGGAUAACAACACCUUGCUUAUGGGUGGAUUACAAAAUUACGUGGUGGAAGUGGACUUAAAUACUGUUCAAGAAACUCAGAAGUUCAAUGUUGAGGUACCAGGAGUGGCAAUAAUGCGACAAACCAGCCGUUUCUUCUUCUGUGGGCACACGUCUGGCAAGGUAACCCUGCGGGAUUUGCGCAGCUUCAAGACCGAGCACGAGUUUGACGCGUUCUCCGGCAGCCUCUCAGACUUCGACGUCCACGGAAACCUCCUGGCUGCGUGCGGGUUCUCCAGUCGAGGUUUGAACGGGUUGGCAUGCGACCGUUUCCUCAUGGUGUUUGACCUCCGUAUGAUGCGGGCCGUAACGCCGCUCCAGGUGCACGUGGACCCUCUGUUCUUGCGUUUCAUCCCUACGUACACAUCACGGCUGGCGAUCAUCUCACAGUCAGGUCAGUGCCAGUUCUGCGAGCCAACUGGUCUUGCGAACAUGGCGGACGUUUUCCACGUCAACACCGUGGGCCAGCUGCUCAUGAGCUUCGACGUGUCGGCCAGCAAGCAGUGCAUGGCGUUCGGGGACUCUGGAGGGUGCGUGCACCUGUGGUCGGACGCCCCAGAGGUCUCUUUCAACGACUACUCCCGGGAGACGGAGUUCGCCCUGCCCUGCCUCGUGGACACGCUGCCUCAGCUGGACUGGAACCACGACCUGCUGCCCCUCUCGCUCAUCCCCAUGCCGCUGACCAGCACCGAGCAGCUGCUGUCGGACUGGUCCUCCACGAUGGCUACACCCAGCCCCAGGCGAGCUCCUCCUGUGGACCCAGAAAUCCUGCGCACGAUGAAAACUGUCGGCUUUAUUGGUUACGCAGCAAAUCCUCGUACCCGGCCCCGGAACCAGGUUCCUUACAAAAUUAAAGACGUGGAGCUGGAUUACGAUAACUACAACCAGGUGCCCGAGUCACCGAUUGGCCGAGAUGAAGAGCCACACCUCUACAUGGUGCCUAAAAAGUACAGAAAGGUCACAAUUAAAUACUCCAAGCUUGGACUGGAGGACUUUGAUUUCAAACAUUACAACAGAACUCUGUUUGCUGGUCUGGAGCCUCACAUUCCCAAUGCUUACUGCAACUGCAUGAUCCAGGUGUUAUAUUUCCUGGAGCCAAUCCGGUGUCUAGUCCAGAAUCAUUUGUGCCAAAAGGAGUUUUGUUUGGCCUGUGAGCUCGGCUUCCUCUUCCACAUGUUGGAUUUGUCGCGAGGAGAUCCAUGCCAGGCCAGUAACUUUCUCCGAGCAUUUCGAACCAUCCCUGAGGCUUCAGCGCUGGGUCUGAUCCUCGCAGACUCAGACGAGCAGACGGGGAAGGCCAGACUCGGCCGCCUAAUCCAGAGCUGGAACCGCUUCAUCCUCACCCAGCUCCACCAGGAGACCCAGGAGCAGGAGGGCCCGCAGGCCUACAGGGGAGCCAGCAGCAGUUCUCUGGGCUCCUCUGGUGAGUCUGAAAUCGGAAAACUGUUCGGCUGUGAGGUUGAGAACAGCAGUCUGUGUCGCUGUGGCAAGGAGACGGUGCGCACCUCCCUCACGCUGCUCUUCACCAUGCAUUACCCUGAGCAGAGCUCUCAAGACAAAACGAUAAAGGAGUACGACUUUGCUGAGAUCUUAAAGAAAAGCAUCUGCCUGGAGCAGAGCACUCAGGCGUGGUGCGAGAACUGUGAGAAGUAUCAGCCCACGGUUCAGACGCGCAACAUCCGCUGUCUGCCUGAUGUUCUUGUCAUCAACUGUGAGGUGAACAGCGCUAAAGAGGCUGAAUUCUGGAAGGUCCAGGCAGAUUACGCCUUCAACAAGGCAAAGCAAAAAGAGGCGAUGGAACCUGCAAAACCCAAAGAACCCCCACCCAUGCCCACCGAGUGGUGCUUGGACGGGGAGGAUUGCAACACAGAAGGCUUCACCUUUGACACCCGGGCGGAGGAUCUGCGGCACGUCUGGAUCCCUCUCUCUCUCAAGAUGUCCAUCAGCAAAAGUCAGGGCCUGGAGAUCAGCAGCUGGCCUGAGGGCGAGGAGCUGAGUGCCGAGGAGGAGACGGAGGGCACGUCUCUCUACGACUUGGUUGUCACGGUGCCGCACGUCUUGGACGCUCGCACGGGAGGAAACCUGGUGGCGCACAUCAAAGUGGGGGAGACGUACCAUCAGAGAAAAGAGGGAGUCACUCACCAGCAGUGGUACCUCUUCAAUGAUUUCCUAAUUGAGCCAAUUGACAAGACUGAAGUGGCUCAGUUUGACAUGAGCUGGAAAGUGCCGGCCAUUCUGUAUUACUCCAAACGGAACUACCACGCCAAAUACGACCUCCGCAUUAAAAACCCGAUCGAUGCCAGCGUGCUGCUGACUGAGGCGUCGCUGGCUCGGAAACAGAGGAAGAGUCACGCCACCUUCAUCCCCCUCAUGGUCAGCGAGAUGCCACAGGCCGGGGACCUGGUGGGGCUGGAUGCUGAGUUUGUCACGCUCAACCAGGAAGAGGCAGAGCUGCGCAGUGACGGCACCAAGUCGACCAUCAAGCCCAGUCAGAUGUCUGUGGCCAGGAUCACCUGCGUGAGGGGUCAGGGCCCCAACGAGGGGGUGCCCUUCAUCGAUGACUACAUCUCCACUCAGGAGCAGGUUGUAGACUAUCUGACACAAUAUUCGGGAAUCAAACCAGGAGACUUGGAUGCAAAGAUUUCUUCAAAGCAUCUGACCACGCUGAAGUCCACCUACUUAAAGCUGCGCUUCCUCAUCGACACAGGAGUCCGCUUUGUCGGCCACGGUUUACAGAAGGACUUUCGGGUCAUCAACUUACUGGUUCUCAAAGACCAAGUCGUCGACACCGUCUACUUGUUCCAUUUGCCACGCAAGAGGAUGAUUUCUCUGAGAUUCCUGGCCUGGUAUUUUCUAGACCUAAGCAUCCAGGGGGAAACCCACGACAGCAUAGAGGACGCUCGCACCGCUCUACAGCUGUACAGGAAGUACCUGGAGCUGAGUCGAGGAGGCGGGAAUGACGAAGUUAGGAAGGUCCUGAAGGGACUCUACGAAAAAGGCCGCCAGAUGGACUGGAAAGUCCCCGAAUCGGACCCAGGCGAUGGUCAAGGUAGCCCAAAAAGUGCUGCUGCGUUUCCCUCUGUGAUGGGGCUUUGACCUGCACCGUGAUACGAUCCCACCCCCUCCACACUUCGGGCUGAUCUCUGACACUUCAGUUAGUAUCACGUUGUUCGUUUUCCCAAUUUAACUUUCCCAUCGUUUAUGAAUGUCUUCGUUGCUUGAACAUUCUGCUACAGCACUGCGGCCAGUUUUAAAUAAUGAUUCAAUUUGUAAUAAAGCUAUUUGUAUUUCA